AUGGAACAUGUGGUCCGCUUGUAUUCAACACCGGUGAGUAUUGCAUUACCUCUCCCUACUCUUGCACACCCUCAUACCUGCUAUAAAGGCGGGUCACGGUGUCCCAAUCUGCAACCGUUCAUAGCUGCCGCUCUCGUUAUGGUCACCAUCUUGCACGCCAUCACCUCCGUCUCCCGGACCCAAAUGGCCUUCAUUCUCGCGGUCGUUCGAGUCGUUCUAGCCGGUGCCCUUAUGUUCCCCGGCUCUGCGAACACGCUCACCCCCGAGCAGGAAGAACUCCUGAAGAUGGUGCCCACAGAUGUACGAGCCGCAUUCAAACUAUUGAACAUCGGUCCAGACUACGUCCGGUACGCAUGCUGU